AUGUGCCCUUAUAACAAUAAUAAUCACAGUUCAGAUAUUAUUGGAGAGGGAACUAGGUUAUCUUCAUCACACCAACCAAUAUUAUCGCCCAUUAAACAAAUAAGAGACAACACUAAUAACCAUAUAAACGAUAAUAAUGGUACUAUUACGCACGCAAAAUCUCACUCUCUAAUGCUAGAAUUGUUACAGAAAUCUAACCCUACCUUAUUGAAUAAAAUAGAUGAUUAUCCUUUAAACUAUAAACAAUUAAAAACAAAAUUGUUUGUCAACACCACCAGCAAUACUAAUUCCGAAAGAGAUUCCUCUACCAUGGAUCUGUCUGCCCUGCCAAACACACCAACUGUCCAAAAUAAGUAUACGGAAAAUGUCCUUUAUAAUACAGAUGCUAUCACUUCAUGCUAUGAUAGCACUCACACAGAUGUACUGGAAACUAGUUUGGAAACUUAUGAGCCCAAUUACAUCGACUAUGAAGACUCUCUAAUGUAUGAGAAUAGAACUAUAAACCACCAUAGACUUGCUAACGUUGUUAAUACUCCAAAAACUUCCAGAAAUAUUAAGAGUAAUAGUGGCAGUACUGUAUCUAGUAGUACCCAAAAUACUGAAUUUGAAUCAGAUUUAGAAGUAAACGAAACAUUUGACACUAGUAGCGAACAAGAAGAAAAUGAGGGAGCCACUAAUUCAACCACUAUUAAAAAGGAUCUCAAUAUCUUUGAUGCUAGUAACAAUGAUGAUAUUUUUUUUCUACAACUAAAAUUAUGUACUGAGUACGCUUUAUAUAAAGCUAAAAAUUGUACCAUGGAUGAUGAUUUAUUCAUUAAGAAUUGGAGAUAUAUGUUAAAAGAAGUGAACAACUUAGAAUUAUUGCAAAGGGAAUUGCAAAAUACCACCUCUAACGCAAGUCCUCGUUUUGACUCAGUUUCCUCUACUGCCACUCUUGAUGAUGCCUUAUGUUAUAAUUUAAGAAAACAGUUGGAACUAAAGGAAAAGUUGUAUUCUGGGUUAUUGAGACAAUUAGCUAGAAUUAGUUUACCUGAAGUAAAUAUUAUUGAAUUUAUUGAGAAUCCACAAUUUAAAUUAUUUGUUGAAUCUAUGAUAAACAGUAUGAAUUAUAAUGAUAAUACAAGCAAGAGUAUAUUGCCGGAUUCUCUAUUAAAUUAUUCAACUACUCUAUCAUCGCCCCUGGCUGAGGAUACCUCAUCUAAUAUUAAUAAUACCAAUAAAAAUGCUAACAACAACAACGACAAUAAUGAUAACGUCGGUAAUAGUAGUGAUAAUAAUUAUAACAAAAAUGAUAAUGGUAAUAAUAAUAAUAAUAAUAAUAAUAAUAAUAAUAAUAAUAACGGAAACAGUAAUUCUAAUAAUAACAGUGCCAAUAGUUUUACCUCUUUGGCUCAACAACAAAGACAGGAACCAACUCAAAGGAAUAAUAGCAUAGAUCAUCGUAAUUUGAAGAAUUUGUCACUUUCUGUGCCAUCUACUGAAGAAAUCAUUGAAGAAUUACUAUCUUAUAUUUUUAGCGAAUCUAUUAAAAACGGUAUCGAUUUAUAUUCAAGUGGGAAUACACCUAGCAACGACGGUGCUAGUACUGAUGUCAUUAUGGCGAGUGUUGAAGGUAAUAAGAAUAUUAUGAAUAGUGUUAAGAACGACGGUACUAAUUCUAGCAGUAAAAAAACCAGUUUAGAUUUUUUGAAAAACUGUAUUGAUUCUUUAAUUAAAAUUAAGAGUGCCGCUGGAACUGAUACCACUGCCAAUUCUAAAAAAAAUAUUGAUCAAAGCAUCAAUGAAAACACUAAUGGUAAUAAAGUAAAUGACGAAUAUUCAUUAACUCUGGCUAAGGUAAAAUCAAAUAGUAGCAACAGUAACAGUAAAUUUGAAAUUCAAGAAUUGAAAACGGCCCUAAAGGAUUUACAACUGGCACAUAAUUUUCUAACUAAAAAGUUUGCCGAUGAUAGAAAAGAUUACUUGGAGAACAUAGAUAAACUAAAUAAACAAAAUAAAGAGUUACAAAAUGAGCUACUAAAUUAUCAUUCUCAGAUUUCCACUCAACAGGAUAAAUAUUUGAAUGUGAUUCAAAAGUUGAAUGUUUACGAGUCCACAAUUAAUAAAUUGAAUAAAGAGUUAAAAGAUUUAAAAAACCAAUCUACUGCUAACGUUGGUAUCACUACACCCAAUCUGAAAAGAAAUAAUACGCCUAAUUUGAGUAUUGAUACUAAAUUUGCAACAAUUUCAGAUGGUAUCAAUUAUACUAAUGGUGCCAACUCAGCAACUAAUUCUAGUAGUAUCGAGCAGCAUAUUAUUUCACCUAAACUAGCCAACACGCCGUCAACUUCUUCUAUGGUAUCAGUGGAUUCAGAUGUGAACAAGGAAGAUGAAAACAGCACUUUCCUUCAACAGCCCUCCCAGUUCAUAAGCACUGGCAGUAAUAAAACUAAUAGCUUCAAUCCCUUAACGUCACCAUUAUUAAUUAAUUCUAGUACUUUAAGUCUUCAUUCCACGCCUAAUAAUAAUACAAAUGGUUUCAACAAUCUUGCUACUCCUGAUGGUACUGGUAGUUAUUCCUUAACUAUUAUGAAGGGGGAAUUUAAAAAGAUUAUUAAUGAUAUGCAGCAACAACACAGCCGCAAGCUAAUGAUAGAAAAGAAUAAAAGGUUUGAAUUAGAAGAAAAAUUGAAAUCCUAUGAAAGAUUACCCAUUCCCUAG